AUGAUAGGAUGGGAUUAUAAUUCAUAUGGGUAUCAUGGAGAUGAUGGUAAAAAAUUUACAUCACAUAUUGCUGGUAGAAAAUAUGGUCCAUUAUUUACUACCGGUGAUACAAUAGGUGUCGGGAUUAAUUUUUUAAAUCGUACUAUUUUCUUCACUAAGAAUGGUAUACACUUGGGUAAAUGUCUUUUAAAAAAAUGUGAUAAUCUCUAUCCUAUGAUUGGUAUGGAAAGUAUUAGAGAAAGUGUUGAAAUAAAUUUUGGUCAAAAACAAUUUUCGUUUGAUAUUUACGAAUAUGCGAAAGUAACCUUGAUUUAG